AUGUGGCAAGAAGAGAGUGUCAAUCCAAUAAAGAUCAUUAGUAGUGAUUUUAAGCAACCUUUGUCUCUCUUUGUGACAUCAAAUGGUGAUAUUUAUAUUGAUGAUGGGCAUGAGAAUGGCCGAGUGCAAAGAUGGAAUGCAGCAACAAGUACCUUUGUCACGGUGAUGAAUGUUAACUCAUCAUGUGCUGGUUUGUUUGUCGAUAUCCAUGAUACUCUUUACUGUUCAAUGUAUUAUCAGCAUCAGGUAUUGAAAACAUCAUUAAAUGAUCCGAUGAUGAAUUCAAAUGUUGUUACUGCUGCUGGAAUAGGUAUUCGAGGAUUAGCUUCCAAUCAACUCGAUAGUCCUUUUGGAAUCUUUGUUGAUGUGAACUUGGAUUUAUAUGUAGCAGAUUGUUACAAUGACCGCGUUCAGUUGUUCCAGUCGGGAGAAUUACAUGGCAUCACAGUAGCUGGAAGUACAUCGCUAAAUCCAACCAUUACACUUCGUUGUCCAAGUGGAAUUACAUUAGAUGCUGAUAAAUAUUUAUUUAUUGUGGAUUUCCUCAAUAGUCGCAUUGUUGGUUCAGACUUGCAUGGUUUUCGAUGUUUAGUUGGAUGUUAUGGACAAGAAUCACAAUCCAAUCAAUUGGCUAAUCCAGUUAGUUUUAGUUUCGAUCGUUCUGGAAACAUUUAUUAUUCAAUGAAUUCAUUAUUUAAUAGUGUUGAUUCGAUAGUUAGUUAUUUACGAGCACCUAUAUCUACGUCAGGUUCUCAAAAAAUAACUAAUGAUUUAAAAUCAUCAAAAAAACAACGAAAAGAUAAAGGUCAACUAAAUGUUUUGAGUACUACGCCUAAUGAUCUACCACAAGUAGAAGCUAGUAUUGAAAUUUUACCAAAAGGUCGUGUGAGAUAUGGACCAGUAACAGUUAAUCCACGUAAAUUACCAUCGAAAACAUUAUAUACAGGUCGUCGUUCAAAAUAUGAAGUCUUAUCAACUGAUGAAGAAGAAAAACGUCGUGAUCGUCGUGAACGUAAUCGUGUAGCAGCUACAAAAUGUCGAGAAAAACGUGAAAAUGUUUUAAGUCAUUUGGAAAUUGAAUAUAAUAAAGAAUUAAAAAAUCAUGAAAAUCUUUUAAAAAUGGUUGAUGCUUUAGUACAACAAAAACAACAUCUCGAAUCAGUUGUAACAAAUCAUUUAAAUGAAUGUCCUUUACUCAAUAAUUCACCAUCAAUGGUUUUCGGUGAUACAGGAUUUCUUUCGUCAAUUAUUGAUACACCUGCACCCUUACUUCCAUCGUAUCAACCACCUGUUUAUAGUGAAGAAGAAGAAUUAAGCAAUUUUCUUGAUUCUAAUCCUAUAUUAACAAAUUCAGCUUAUGAUACUGAUAGUUCACAUUCAAUAUUUAUUCCACAACAACAACAACAGCAACCAUUAGUUAUAACAAUGACAAAUAGCAGUAUAGAACGACUUAUGAACAGCAUACAAUCACCAGCAAUAUCUAUGGACAAUAGCAAUAAUCAUUCGAUUUUAGUUAAUUCUGCUUUUGGAGCAUCAUGUGCUAAGCAACAUUCAAAUUCAAGUGAAGAUGAUUCAUUACCAUCAACACGUACAAAUCCUUAUGUUUGUUAA